AUGCCUCGUAAACUUUCAUAUCUAGGCAGGUUUCUUUCUCCAGUGAAUUCCUUGAAUGUUUUAAACAAAAUAAAUACUUCUAUGGAUACCAGUAUACCUACGCAUGACCUUAAUGGUUCAAUAAAACCUGUAAUUUAUUAUAAUGGCAGAUUUCAUUUUGUUGAAGAAGAUACCGCUGCUAAGUUCCAUUUUGAUACAGAUUAUGCUUUAUUUCAAAUAUAUAACUUAAAAGGUACAAAACGUGAAAUUCUUGAAGCAAUCACGGACGUUGCAGGACCCGCGGGUUCUAUAUCUUUCUUGAAUGAUUUUGAAAGAACCUAUUCAAGAUGCUCGGAUCAUAGGAUAGAAUUAAGAGCUGGCUCAUCUAUCGAGACAAAUGAUCCGACAAGAUUAAAGGUCAAAAUCAAGUUUAGUAAUAAAUCUCAUGCUGACGUUGUGGAAGGUCUUCGAACAUCUACCUCGGUUGCCGAAUUAACUCUUAAUGGCUUUGCAGAUUGGGUGCCAUUAGAUAGCACAAGUUACGAAUGCGUUUUACAAUCAUCAGAGACAUCGCAUGAUAAUUCAAUUACGAAAUCAGAAUCAGAAUCUAGGCACACAAUCUUACGAGCGCUAAGCGAUAAUAUUGAUCCGGUAUUACUAGAUGUGGUUAUUGAUGAUUUGUUGGAUGAUUUUGAAUCUGGAGCCUUCAGGAAAUUAUUUCCCGGUCCCGUCAUACGUGUCGAUCGAGGCAUUAAUGAAGUUGUCAUGACCGUAGUGUUGACGCGUGGUCGUUAUCCAUUUGAUGAAGAUAUGGGCAAGAUAUUCAUUGAAAUUCUCAAUGCUUUAAUUCAAGAUCGCAAAAUUGAAAAAAAAUUUGACAAGACUUAUGAGGAUUUUCAUUCACCUGGAGUAUGUCCGUUAUUUGCUAAUUCAAUAAAAUUUAUGAAAGUUAAAUAUAUUGAAAGUCUUACUGACUUGGAAAAAGCAUUAAUUGACAUUGGAUUUGAUAAAUUUGAAGAUCGCCUUCAAGAACUUACGAUGAUGGUUCGUGAGGUUGAUCGUUGCGUAGAAACAGCAUAUGGAAAUUUACAAUCAGAUGUAGAAAAAUGGAAAAAGCGCAGGAACAUGGCCAAUUUUUCUUAUGUUUUAUCAAUACUUAUAGCUAUUGCAUUACCAUCAAUAUAUCAUUAUUAUCGUCAAACAGAUUAUGUUCCAUUUGGUCCCAUAACAACAAUACUUGGAUGCCUUAUUGGUUUUUUUUGUGCAUUUUGGCAUGGAUGGUCACGUAAUAGUUAUGAUAAAGCCAUUUCAUCGCAUAGGAAAGCCAUACCAAUUCAUUCUUCUACGACACAAAGUUUGGAUUCGUUGCAAAGGUGGUUAAAUAGAAUUUCAAUCGUUAAAAGAUGUAAAAUUCCAAUGAAUAAUAAUGAACUUAAAGGAAGAAAGGCUAUCUUAUCUUAUCUUUUUGAUGAAUUGGUCUCUUCUGUUGCUGAAUUGAGACUAAGCAUUUGUUUAGAAGAUGAACUCAGAAGAUAUAGAUAA